AUGUCACAGCAACAACAACAGUUGAACUUAAAGAUCAAGUAUUUGAAAUUGAAAAGAAUAAAUGAAUUGAACAACAAUUUGAAAAACGAACUGCAGAGAGAUCGUAUCCAUUCUUCAAACGCCUGUUUGAAUCUGAUCAAUUUCACUUCGGAGGAGAAAGAUUUCACUCUACCGGACAUUUGGGGUUACGCUCCUACAAACCAUUUCCGUGUUACCAAUACACAACCUCAUCAUCAGGCACAGCUGUCCUCCGACAAUGCUUGUUGUUCUAUUAUGUAG